GAGAAGCGCGGCAGCGUCCAUAUACAGGCAUACAGGCAGCGUCUCGUUCAAAACCAAAACAAACGUACUCAUGUCGCAAGGAAGGGUAAUAGAAUCAGCUUUCAGAAGUUUUUAAUGUGCAUAACAGGAGCAACGCAUUUUGAUUGUCUGCCAUUGCAUUACUCGCCGACCAUUUGAAGAGCAACUGCCACCAGAAUGCCAACCAGUUGCCCUGAGUGUGGCUCGUCCAAUGUGGUAGAGGAUGAUCUGUACUCUCAGAGGCAGUGGGUGUGUGAGGACUGUGGCUCAGUGGUCGAGGAGGGACUUCUGACUACCACACUGAGCGAUGAGACCCAGGGCAGAGCUGUGCCCUAUCAUGCUUCCACGGAGGAGAUCAAGAAACCGUGCAGAAAUCUAAUUGCUGGCUUCAUCCGGGUGCGUGCGAUGUGCCGUAUCCUCAGGUUAACCAACGACAUGGAGUCGGAAGUAGUGAGUCUUUUUGAGCGCGCUUACAAUCUCCCGAACUUCCUCCAUGUGACCUUAACCAAGAAAGAAGUCUUGGGAGGCUGUUGCAUACUCUGCGUUUGUCGCCAGAGAAACUGGCAUAUUACCAUUGGAACUGUUGCUUACCUGAUGGGGGCAGACAAUUCUGAGAUCGGCGUGGUAUAUCAAGAGCUCAUAAAGAGUCUGAACAUUAAGGCCACCACUACAGGAAUCACAGACCUGAUGCAAAGCUUCUGCUACGAUUUCAAGCUGGGUCCUACACAGGUGGACGAGGUGCUCUCUGAAACCCCCCAGCGCCUGCUGGACCGGAUGUCUGCUUUGAUUGAACUUGCUGCUGAUACCUGGAUUGUGACGGGACGCCAGCCUUUGCCUCUCCUCAUGGGAUCAAUGUAUGUGGCCUGGCAGUCGCUGAAUCCCUCGGCCCGCAUGAAAUACUCCUUCACAACGUUCUGCAAGAUUGGAAAAGCACCAGAGCAGUCGUGGCGCAGAAGCCGAGAUACGGCCCUGAAGCGGGUGAGCGAGCUGCUGGAGGUACUGUGUAAACUCGGCCGAGAGCUGCCGUGGCUGAGGGGCGUCCCAGUGGAGCCCAAAACCGUGACCACGCUGGUGGAUGACAUUCUGAAGCACCGCAGGGCUUUGCUCUCGAGGGCCGUUAAAAAAUACCAACAACAGCUGCAAAAUCAACUCUCAGAGACCCAAACGACAGAAUGUGACAAUGGCCCAUCCGAAUCGAACCGCUCCGAACCGCCUUCCUCAGAGAACUCUGACCAGGCCGAAUGUGAGAAUCCUGCUGAUGAAGAAGAUACGGAGUGUCAUCUACCAGCAGGCCACUGGGGUAAAAAGCACUUGUUUUUACCCCCUUGCGUGAAGAGUCGCAAGCGACAGAGGGUGGACAUUCCACAGCUGGAAGUGACCGGAGACGAAGACAUAUCGGACAGUGAAAUUGAAUCAUACAUUCGCUCUCCGGGUGAGAUUAAAUUGCUUGUAAAAGCUCAGAAGGAGCUAAAGCAAGUGUAAUUUGUCAUAUCAUUUACACAUAAUUUGUAAAUGUCUGAUUAGUUUUUAUUUAAGAUUAGUUUUUCGUUACGUUGAUAUUUAUUUUUUGUUGCAUCAAUUUAGUUGUUUUGUAAAUGUUCUGAAUUUUUAUUGAUAAAAAUAAUUUUUGUCUGAACUGGUAUGUUUCUCCAUUAUUAUUUUUUUGUACUGUUUUAUAUUACAGAGCAAUGCCAUUUUAUCCUGGUUUGAAUCAGUUAGUGCUGUUAUGAAUAGCUGCUAGUGCAGGAAGUAGUUUAUAAUCUUGCCGGAGAUUUCAUAUGAUUUGAUUGAUGCUGGAUGCCUUUGACGUAAAUGCGUAAAUAAAAGCCUAUAACGC